GUCGAGCAGCAAGAUGGAAGACGUUCUGGAUGAUUUUGAGAAAGAAGCUGGAUGCGUCCCAAUCCUGCAUCCUGAGGAAAUUAAAACCCAGAGUCACAACCAUGGCUACACCGAGAGUGUUAGCCGCAAGAGCCAUGUGGAUGACUACAGCACCUGGGACAUCAUCAAAGCCACCCAGUACGGGAUAUUCGAGCGCUGUCGUGAGCUGGUGGAGGCCGGGUAUGACGUGCGUCAACCUGAUAAAGAAAAUGUCACACUUCUACACUGGGCGGCAAUAAACAACCGCGUCGACCUGGUCAAGUACUACACAUCUAAAGGUGCCAUUGUGGACCAGCUGGGAGGAGAUCUCAAUUCAACACCACUGCACUGGGCUACAAGACAGGGCCACCUAUCCAUGGUGGUGCAGUUAAUGAAGUACGGCGCAGAUCCGUCUCUGAUUGACGGCGAAGGGUGCAGUUGUGUUCACCUGGCCGCUCAGUUUGGACACACCUCAAUAGUGGCUUAUCUUAUUGCCAAGGGACAGGAUGUUGAUAUGAUGGAUCAGAACGGCAUGACCCCUUUGAUGUGGGCAGCUUAUCGAACACACAGUGUUGACCCGACACGGCUGCUGCUGACGUUUAACGUGUCUGUGAAUCUGGGUGAUAAAUAUCAUAAGAACACGGCUCUGCACUGGGCAGUACUGGCAGGAAACACAACAGUCAUCAGUCUACUGCUGGACGCCAAUGCAAAUGUAGAUGCACAGAACAUCAAGGGGGAGACGCCGCUGGAUUUGGCCAAACAGAGGAAGAAUGUGUGGAUGAUUAACCAUUUACAGGAGGCCAGACAAGCCAAAGGUUACGACAGCCCAUCGUACCUGAAACGACUCAAAAUGGACAAGGAGUUCCGGCAGAAGGUAAUGUUGGGAACUCCAUUCCUGGUGAUUUGGUUGGUGGGGUUCAUUGCUGAUCUGGACAUUGACUCUUGGCUUAUCAAGGGUGUGAUUUAUGCAGUAGUGUGGCUCGUCGUGCAGUUCCUCUCAAAGUCUUUCUUCGAUCACUCCAUGCAUAGUGCUCUUCCUCUGGGCAUCUAUUUGGCCACCAAGUUCUGGAUGUACUUCACCUGGUUUUAUUGGUUUUGGAAUGAUCUGCCAUUCGUCACCAUUCACCUGCCCUUCCUGCUGAACAGUCUGGCUCUCUUCUACAACUUUGGCAAGUCCUGGAAAUCUGACCCUGGCAUUGUCAAAGCCUCUGAGGAGCAGAAGAAAAAGACUAUAGUUGAAUUGGCAGAAACGGGUUCUCUGGAUCUCAGUAUAUUCUGCAGCACUUGUUUGAUACGGAAACCCAUCAGAUCAAAACACUGCGCCGUGUGCAAUCGAUGCAUCGCCAAGUUUGAUCACCACUGCCCUUGGGUUGGCAACUGCGUAGGAAGUGGAAACCACCGUUACUUUAUGGGUUAUUUAUUCUUCCUGUUGUGUAUGAUCUGCUGGAUGAUAUACGGAUGCAUUUGUUACUGGAGGAUUCACUGUGCGACCAGCUACACUAAAGACGGCUUCUGGAUGUACAUCACUCAGAUCGCCACCUGCUCGCCGUGGAUGUUCUGGAUGUUCCUCAACAGUGCGUUUCACCUCAUGUGGGUCGCUGUGCUCAUUAUGUGCCAGCUCUACCAGAUUGCUGUUCUAGGCAUCACAACAAAUGAGCGAAUGAAUGCCAGAAGAUAUAAGCACUUUAAAGUCACAGCCACGUCCAUCGAAAGCCCUUUCAGUCACGGCUGUAUGCGGAACCUCAUCGAUUUCUUCGAGUUGCGCUGCUGUGGUCUGUUGCGGCCCGUGGUUGUAGACUGGACCUCCCAGUACACAAUAGAGUACGACCAGGUGUCCGGCUCAGGAUACCAGCUGGUGUAGCGGUCAGAAGAAGAGAGAGAGAAGUGCUGCUCACCGGGACCAUCUUCUUCACCGAGAGACUACAAACCUCACCCAGUCAGGAUUCGCAUGCUGUUAUUGGCUACCGUAACCAACCGACCCACCUCUACCUGCCCACUGCACCCGCCCCCCCUGCCAUAGACAGCACUACGAGACGCAGGGUUGAGAGGAACAGGAAGAGGAGGAUUUUGAUGACAUCGGCGGCAUGCGGCAUACUCUCCUCUAUUGGUCGGAAACGUUUUUUUUUUAGAUUGUUUUGCACAUCGAGUUCAUUUGACUGUGUUUGUCCUGUGGCCCCUUUUCUAUUGCUUUUUUUAUUAUUAUUAUUUUUUUUUAAGUGAUAUCAAAUAUUCAUCAUUUAAAUCCUGGUUGAACUCUGAACAGGAUUGAGAUUCAGCAUAGCAUAAGUGGAAGUCGUGUGGCAUUUUGGUAGUGGUUAAAGAGAGAAUUCACUCAAAUGAAAUUCUGUCAUCAUUUAGGCACAGUCAUGUUGUUCCAAAAGAAUGUUCAAACUGCUCUUUUCCAUACAAUGAAAGCAUAUAAGUGACCAUAAAACUCUCAAGCUCCAAAAGUGUCAUAAAAAUAGUCCAUGUAACUCGUGAACUAUAUUUGUGGUACUUUUACGAUUAGAAAUAUAACUGCAAAUGGUUUUGAAAUGACAGGAUUAAAUUAUUUGGGUGAAUUGUUCCUUUUAAGCUGGCUUGAUUCUCCUGAUCAUGAUUCUAUAUGAUUGCCUGAAUUUUACUGAUAUUUUCAUAUCAAUCUGAUCAAAACGGGCAUCAUGUAGUCUCAUGACUAGAGAGAUGCCCUCUUAAAUAAUGUGACGUAAAACAUAUUUAUUUUAGCCUAUUUAUAGAGUAUUUUUCAAAGAGUAAGUACGGUACCAUGUGGUCAUUUGACACGUUUUCAACAUUUAAAUGUAUACAUUUCUGCAUAUGUGUACAUAUAAAGCAUGUUUAAUAGUUUAGGUGGGUGACAAAUCUCACAAAACCUGUAAAGAUCACAUUUGACUUGAAAAUCAUGUUUUUUGUUUUUUUUGGCCAUAUAUAUACACUUUUUUUUUUUUUUUUUUGCAUCAACUUGGUUUUAAAGUAUUUAUACAUCAUAGUUGUAUUUAUUAUACGGCCUUUAGGCUGAUUUAAAAAAAAAAAAACACUGCAUUACAGUAACGAAUCUAAUAAGAUUCACCAUUACAGAGAAUUUUGGGGGGAUAAUUAGAUUUUUUUGCAAAUUAUUUCACAAUGCUUAAAUCAUAAUGGUCCUAAAAUAGGCUUAAUUUUUUUUAUUUACAUUAUUUUUUUGUUUAUAUAUUUUUUUUAUUUUUUGGGGGUAAAAUUUGUCCUUACCAUGUUCUUGACGGGUUUCGUGAGAUUCACCCUGGUGCCCUUAGAUUUCAAAUAACACACUCCUAUGUGAAACUCUAUUUAUUAUGUAUGUGUAGUUUUAGAAAUUUAUACAUUUAAAAAUGCUGUUUUGGGAAAGCCAUUAAGUGGACCUGAUACUGGUGUAAACUUAAUGGAAGAUACAGUUUAAUAUGCCAGCCCGCCAGAGGGGCUCCUUUCGUUUGUUUUGUUUUUAUUUUUGGCCGUGGCGACUUUUUUGUCGGCCUAAAACAAUGCACUGAUUUUAUUUUGUAUUUUUGUUGUUACUGAAGAAUCAAGCUUGAUAUUCCACUGUCUCCGAGGGAUCUUGGCGUUUUACGUAAAGCGCAAGCUCCUCCCCCUUUUGCUCUCCUCAGUUUCCUCUUCCUGUUGGUGCGGUGUUGUCAUAGCAGCAGCUGACGGGAUGAACUUGAUGUAAAGAAUGUGCAUCUGUACAUAAACUUGAUUUCUUUC